CUUAUAUUAAAGUCAAGCAUUUAUUAUAUCAUGAGCGUCCUGCUAUUUCUACUGGUGUUGAAAAAGCAAUUGCUGUUAAAAUUCGAAAAUCAAAAAAAAUUUCUCAAGAUAAUGAUUAUAUAUUUAAUAAUGACGAUGUUGAAUUGGCCGAGAUUCAUAUUAAUCAAUUAUCACAAUUUGUUGAAGAAUUUGUUGCCAAUGAGGAAAAUAAGGAGUUUGAGCUAAAUAUAUUAUUCGAUAUUAAUGAAGAGAUGAAUUCAAUUACUCAAGUUGCUAAAAAAUUACGUGAAAUAAUUGGAGAUAGUGAUGCUUAUAUUAAAGUCAAGCAUUUAUUAUAUCAUGAGCGUCCUGCUAUUUCUACUGGUGUUCCAAAGGAAAUAAUUGCUGAAAUAAAUCAAAAUUAUCAUCUUGAUCCUUUACAACUUCGUUCUUAUCUAUCUACACAUUUUGAUUUACAAGAUAUUACACCUAAACAAAUUUAUUAUUGGUGGAGUGUUUCAAUUCAAUCAAAGUAUCAAAAACAUAAAGAUCCUAUUUGUUCAGCUAUUAUUUUACUUCAAGAACAAUUUCAAGAUUUUCAAAUAUCAGAAGAAUCAAAUAUUUUAAACAUAGUUGAAAGUGAUAAUGAAAAUGAUUUAGCAAUAGAAGAAAUCGAAAGAAAAAUUGAAAAAUAUGAGCAAUUUAUUCAACAUGUUCGAGAAAAAUAUGAAGCAG